GGAGGAGUGAUGGCUGGGUGUGGCUCAUUGGAAGGGCAUGGCAUGGGCAUUUCAUGCAGGGCAUUGAAGCAGGAAGUGCUAGCAGGACACCAGCUCACCUAUUGGCUGCCUCCCAGACUACAAAUCUAACCAUGGUCUCCAGAAGGCCAAACACUCUUUCCAGAAAGUGUGAGUCAAUCCAGACAGAGUGCCUGCCCAAAAAUGUGUCAGUUCAGUUCUCCAGCUGCAGUGAGUACCUGAGCCUGUCCCUGCUGGUGAAGGGCAGCAGGGAUGCUAUCUGUCUGAGAUGUGAUCAGGGGGAUGAUCUGCUCCUAUGGUGCUAAAACCUCGAGGAGGAGGUGGAGAGGUUAAGGAGCAUCAGGGAAUGUGAGCAGGAGGUAAACUGGUGGAUCAACUCCCUGCUAUACCUGCAAGUGAGGCACUGGGGUGAUACAUCCUAAAUAGUGGUGGACCCCCUGCCCUGCCACCAUUGGUAGAGGAAGGAGACCUAAGAGAUGGGGAGGAAUGGAAACUGGUCCCAGCUUGGCAUCACAGGCAAACCCUGUCCCUACCUACCUCUGUGUCCCAGGUGACCCUGCAUAAUAAGUUUGAGGCUCUGAAACUUGAGGGAGAGGGAAGUGGGGAUGCAGUGGAAGGUCCACCCAGGAGGUUGUCUAGGGUGAAGCAGCUGACUCCAUGCCUCAAGACAGCCUCUGCCAAGAAGAAAAGAGUUAUUGUCAUAGGUGACUUCCUUCUGAGGAGAACAGAAGGUCUCGUAGGUCAGCCAGACUGUACCUGUAAGGAAGUGUGCCACUUCCCUGGGGCCUGAGUUAGGAACAUUCCUUAGGAGACUCUGUAGUCUGGUUCACCCCUCUGAUUGUUAUCCCUUACUGAUAGUUCAGGCUGGCAGUGGUGAAGUUGCUAAGAGAAGCCUGAGGGCUCUGGGGCUUUUAGUUGAUGGAGAAGGAGUAUGGCUGGUAUUUUCCUCUAUUCCUUCAGUGGCAGCAAGGGAUGCUGAGAGGACCAGGAAAACCCACCUGAUAAAUAUGCAGCUGAGAAGCUGGUGCAGUUGCAGGAAUUCUAGCUUUUUUGACCAUGGGACUGAUUGCUUGGUGUCUGGCCUGAUGGCUGCAGAUGGGUUUCACCUGUCUCAAAGGGGGAAGUGGACACUAGCAGAGCUGGUGGGGCUUGUGUGAAGGGGGAAAGGGUUAAAAUAAGGCUUGUUAGAGAUGAGCCUGGAGGAACAGUGCCAGGGUUAGGGCGAGUCAAAUGGCUCAGCUGAAGUGCAUCUACACCAAUGCAUGCAGCAUGGGCAACAAACUGGAGGAGCUGGAAGCCAUAGUGUGGCAGACAGACUGUGACUUAGUUGUUGUUAGUGAAGCACAGUGGUAUUGCUCCCAUGACUGGAAUGUUGCAAUGGAUGGCUGUAAGAUCUUCAAAAGGGAUAGGCAAGGAAGGAGAGGCAGUGAUGUAGCUCUCAAUGCCUUGUUUACAUCUGUUUUUAACAGUCAGUGCAUUUACCAUCAGGGUACUAUACCCCCUAACCUCAAAGUCUGGGAUAGGGAGCAGAAUAACAACUGCAUUCCCACUCCCAUCUAUGAUUCAGGUGGAAACAGAGACCUACUGCUCCACCUGUCACAAGUCCAUGGGGCCAGAUGGGAUCCACCUGAAAGUGCUGAGGGAGCUGGUGGACAUGAUUGCCAAGCUGCUUUCCACCAUCUAUCAGUGUUCCUGGUUGACUGGAGAGGUUCCAGGGGACUGGACACUUGUCAGCAAGCAUGACUCCCACCUACAUGAAGGGUUGUAAGGAGGAUUGGGGGAACUACAGGCCUGUCAGCCUGUCCUUGGUACCAGGGAAGGCUAUGAAGCAUCUCAAGUGAGAUCACAUGGUCUGUGUGGGAUAGCUGGAGGAUGAGAGCCAGCCAGCAUGGGUUUAUGAAAGGCAGGUCCUGCUUGACCUGUUUCAUCUCCUUCUGUGUGACCAGGUGACCUGUCUGGUGGACAAGUGGAAGGCUGUUGAUGUAAUCUACCUAGACUUCAGGAAGGCCUUUCACACUAUCUCACACAGCAUUCUCCUGGAGAAUCUGGCAGCCCAUGGCUUGGACAGACAGAUACACCCUUUGCUGGGUAAUGUACUGACUGGAGGGCUGGGCCCAGAGUGUGGUUGAAUGGAGUUCAAUCCAACUGGCAGCUAGUCAAGAGUGAUGAUCUGGAUUGGUGAUCUGGAUGAGGGGAUUGAGAGCACCUUCACUAAGUUUGCAGGUGACACCAAGUUGAAAGAAGUGUUGACCUGUGUGGUGGUAGGAAGGCCAUUCAGAAGAAUCUGGACAACCUAGAUGGAUGGUUUGAAGCCCAUGGGAUGAAGUUCAAUAAGACCAAGUGCUGGAUCCUGAAGUUUGGUUGCAACAACUGCAUGCACCACUACAGACUUGGGGCAGAGUGGCUAGAAGACUGUUCAGGUCCUGUUGGUCAGUGCUUGGCUGAUCAUGAGCCAGCGGUGUGUCCAGGUGGCCAAGAAGGCCAAUGGCAUCCUGCCUUGUAUCAGAAGUAGUGCAGCCAGCAGUAGCAGGGAGGUGAUCAUCUCUGUGUACUCAGCACUGGUGAGGCCACGCUUCAGUGCUGUGUUCAGGUUUGGACUCCUCACUACAGGAAGAACAUCAAGGCCCUGGAGUGUGUCUGGAGAAGGGCGGUGGAAUUGUGAGGGACCUGGAGCACAAGUCUUAUGGGGAGCAGCUGAGGGAAAUGGAUUUCUUCAGUCUGACGAAGAGGACGCUCAGGGGUGACCUUAUUGUUCUCUACAACUGCCUGAAAUGAGAUUGUGGCAAGGUGGGUGUUGUAACUAGCAAUAGGAGUAGAGGGAAUGGCCUCAAGUUGUGCCAGGGGAGAUUAAGAUUGGAUAUUUGGAGAAACUUUUUCAAAAGAGUGAUGAGGCACUGAAGCAGGCUGCCCAGGGAGGUGGUGGAAUCACUGUUCCUGGAAGUGUUCAAGAACCGUAUAGAUGUGGUACUAAGGAAUACAGUAUAGUGGGCAACAUUGGUGGUCAGUGGACAGUUGGACUUCGUCUUAAAAGUCUUUUCCAACCUUGACUAUUCUAUGACUCUUCCUGUUAAUCCAGGAACUCCAGAGGAGCUGCAUGGACUGUGAGGAAUGUCUCAGAAAUGAGAAAAUACCAAGGAAAUAUUUUCAAUGAUCUGAUGACCUAUAUUCAAGACAGAACAGACCUUGGGGUAUAAGAAGACUAAAGAAGCUGUGUAUAACAGAAUUAUGAAUCCUCUUGCUUUCCUCUUGUAAUAAUUCUAAUGUUUUCUAAUUGUACACAAGAGAAAUUCUCUCAUUUGUCUGUUCCAUUGACUCUAAAUUGUUGUGCUUAGUUCUGUUAUGUGAACUACAAACAAAAAAACCCUAUGAGUAAAACAUAUAUUAUGUGGAGAGUAUUUCAUGUGCAGUGUCAUAACCUUUUUCCAGAAAAGUUAAACUGCAGGUAGGCAUGAGGGGCUGAACUGCUCAGCUGAAUGAUGCAUCAGAGUGAGGUAGCUACCAGCUCUAGCACACACAGAAAAUCCUAUAAGGAAAGCAGUUAAUGCUUACUGUUUUCAGUAUGAUCCACAGAGAGCUCAGAAAACCUGUUAAAGUAGCAGUAGGCUUAAAGUUGCCCUGGGAACGUAGGCGUUCUGUACCCUAGAUGGCUUGAACAGGCCACAGGGGUCUCUUUCCAUCCCUGCUCCUCUGUGACACCGCCUUGAAAACUGCCAAAGUAAAUGGAGAGUUUCAAGCUCAUACCCAAGCUCUUUACUGAGCCCCCGUGUGCUAGGAGGCUGUGCUAUCUUCGUGGUAAAACUAGCUGCAUGUUUACGAAAUGCAUUCCCAUACCAAAAUUGAGAACCCAGCACAGUGUGUAGUGCGGCAGUCCUAAAAAUAUUUGUGUUUUAAGAAGGUACUAACUAAACAAGGAAGGAGUAUGAGGGUGAGCGUUCUUCUCACAAACAUUUGAGAAUGUGGGGUAGCUCAGCAGCUUAGCCAGCAAAAAAACACCUUUCCAUGCAGAAAUUGAGCACAGUGUGAUAGGAACUAAAGACCAGAGCUUUAGGUUGAUGUGAAAAUGUUAAAAUAAAACUGGAAAACACAGCAUUUGUUACUGUACUAUAUUGAUACGAGAUGCAGAAGAGACUAUGACAUAACACAGUGAAAAAUCUUUGGUAUCUCCACCUUCCCUAGCUUCAUUAUAUAGGGUUUUUUCCUGUAAAAUCUUUAUUAGACUGCUCAGUUUUCUAAUUGAUGAUUUAAAAGUCUCUUCAAACAAAGGUCUGUCAGACCUGCUUGUACAGCUGAUUUUUCCUAAUCAUUAACAUACUGUUUUGUGCAUUUUGUAACUUCAGUUACUAUCUGUGGUACCUACAGCAAAGAAUAAUAAGACCUAGUUAUUUUUGACACUUUUUUUCUCAAAUUAUGAAGUGGGAUGUCUGUUUUGAUAAAAUGCUGUGUCAUUAUGUUUGUGCUCUGUUGUAGUUCAGCAAAUCUCAGUAAAUUGUAGUGCAUUUCAGUUUUUUUGCGUGUUAAGGCAUAGUUUCCAAAUUUUUAGAGCUCUGUGGUAGAUAAGUGGCUUUUAUGCAAUUGUCAUACGUUUAUUGCAAAGGAACAGGUCAGGAACCUAGCGUAACUGUCAGUUUUAGACUUUAGUCUUUGAUAUGAUGAUGGAUGCUUUGUGGGAAUGUAUUUUUGUAAAAGUUUUUGACAUUGUUUAAUGGCCUAUGUCAUUUUCUAUUGCAAGGCUGGAUGACUUAUUUUCUCCUAUUCGGAGGAAGAACGUGAGAAUGCAGUAAGUUGUUUGUGUUGGUUUUGGUUUCUAAAGGAAGGUCGUGAAAUUGUGUGACCUGACUCUUGGGGAAAUUGAACCAGAGAACUUAGGAAUUUUUUUCACUGGAAUUUUGCAUGGAGUAUUUGAGAGAUGGGGUUUAAGUGGGACAGAUCAACAGGUUUUUGGUUUUUUGGUCUUGAUUUUAGUGAACCUUCUAGUGUUUCUAGCAAAUAGAGCAGAACAGCCGUACUGAUACCACAGUAACUUUGAAGAGCUGUUGUCCUAUCCCACCUCACUUGAAAGCACAUGCUUUGGAUACUGGUCUUAGUGCACUGUUAGACAGAUAACCUUGUUAAGGAAGGUUGCUGUUUUCUGUUCUUUGAGUAGUAAUGAACUAUCCUUUCCUUUCUUACCUUUCUUAAUAUGAUUGGGAUUUUAUGACACAAUAAUAGUGAAGCUGAUGAACGUCUGUUUGGUAUUUGCUGCAGUAAGUAGAUCCCUUCCUACCUUUUUUGACAGGCACAAUAACUUUUAUUAUGCUUGUACCAGGUGAUGCUUUUUUUUAACAUGUUAGAUUAUGAAGUUUUUCCUGAAAAUCAUGUUUUCUUUGAGGAAGGGUUUGAGCAGAACUAUUAAAAAUAGCAGUUUUUCUUAAAACUUGUCUGAGCUAAUUGUAGAAAGAGCAGUAGUUACUGAAGAUUUGAGAGCUGUCGUCUGUAGAUCAGUAAUGGCUUUUAGAGCGUUUUGUGAUAGCUAUUUAGGAAAAUUAUUUGACCCCUUAUUUUUCAGAUGCUGUUAGGAUUGUUAGUAAAUCAGCCUGAAAAAGGAGCUGGGUUUUCUAUGUAAAGAGUGGAUGGGACUGUAAGGGAAAUGUUUAGAAAAUGAUUUCUAAUAAUUUCUGGUUCUUUAUGCAUAUAUAUGCAAUACAACAGGAGAAGAAAAAAAGUAGAAGUGAUAAAACUAGAGGUACUGUUGCUACUGAGAGGGAGAGAAAGCAAGGUGGGCCUUAAUACGGUUGGCUCCUGAAUCUAGGGACUGUAGGAAUAACUAGCAAAGGAAUGUGUGCAGUGGAGAAGGGAAUGGGACAAGUGCAGAACUUGACUGAAUUCUGCACAAAACCUUUUCUUGCUUUAGAAUACUACAUUUCCCACAGCACUUUUCAGGUGUAGCUUUCCACUGUAACCAAUUGUAGCUUCUGCGGGCUUGUUAUCUGCCUGAGAAGCUGUUUUCUGACAAAGAGUGGGAGUAGAAGCAGUUGCCAAGGCAGUCUGUUUAUGUUCAUAGUAAGAAAAAUGCCUGAGAGCCCAGGGUAAAACACUGCUACUGCAUAGAUGAGUAUACUGUAGUUUAGCCUCAUAUUUCCAUUUUUAAAACAGUCAUGUUCACAUUCUUUUGUGUUCAGAGAAACCGGAUUAUUUUUGCAAGUCGAGACCUUGUGUGGUGCUCUGCAAAGAUAGUUUUUUUUAUGCCAUUGUGGUGUCACUCAAAAUGGUGCUGUUGAAACUAGGCUGUAAGUUUGAAAGUGUUCAUCUUUAUAAAGCUAGUUGGGUUGUAUAAAGUUGUACAAAGCCUGUUGGGUAAUGGGGAGGAAUCUAGCUACGGCCUGUCUUUUGUUAGACAUUGCUUGCUUCUUUCCCUCCCUCUCCUGGCUGCUUUCAGGUUUUGUUUUCUUGACAUGAAAAGUCUCUUUAUUUCCAGACCACUCUGCUCAGGUUUUUACUAUAAGUCUCAUCUGCUGUGGGUUGUGCUUUUCUCACAAGGCAUUACUGGGGGUGUUUUUGAAAUCUGCUCUUCUUCACUUCUAGCCCUGUGGUUGCCCAGCCAGUGCUGCAUACACGUUGCAUCGCUACUUGUGCUAAAUCCUGCUUCUUCUCAGUGCUGAAUGGGAGAUAGGGUUGCCAUGGCCCUGUUUUAUGAAAGUGUCAGGAGUGGGUCUGGUGGUGGAUAAAGAAAUAAAACUGAGAGUGUAUUUCAGACAUCAGAAGUAUGUAUGGGCUGUAGCUAGAUAAAAUAUUUAAUUUCUGCUGAAUUUUCUGCAAGAAAAACCAAGGAGUUUUGCCUCUUCCAGGUGUGCUGGCAGUUGAUGUUUUUCUCUUAUCUGUCUGAAACAGCAGAUAGUAGACUAUCAAGCUGUAAAGCCUUUGAACUUCUCUGCUUGUUUGAGCCAUACUACCUUGGUUCUCUGUAAUGCCUGAUAGGAAACAUGUUGUUCUCCUUGUUGAUUUUCCUUUCUUUUCCUCUUUUGCCAGUGUUCUUAAGUAACAUUCUUAAAGUAUGCAAAGGUGUUUUCUGCGAAGACUGCCUAAUUCUGGCAGGGCGUAGCAGAAGUACCAGUUUUUCUGUUUAAUUACUCCUUAGAGUUUUCUUAAUGUUUCUUCACUGAAAACUUUCUUGCGCUGUAAAACUAAUUAUUGUGUGAUGUUGUUCUUCCAAGCCUAAUUCCUUUUCAGUUGAUGUUAACCUAUUUAUCUUACGUCCUGAAAGCACGUCAGGAACUUGGUCCUGUUCUAUUCAAUGAGAAACUUUGCCACUGAUUUUACUAGAUAUAGGAUUUAGGCUGAUGUUGUUGCUGUUAUUUUCUUGCCCUGGCACUGUUUACAGCUCUCCACAGUUAAAGUAUUUCUCUGUUAAUAGAAUUCACGUGCUCUUUGCCGUUUCCCAGAUUAACAGAGUUGUUAAAUAAGAUCGUGACUGGUGCCAGUUCCUUUGCUGCCACAUUACAAACUUUCUAUGCGGUAAUAAAUGAAAUUUGUUUAAUUUUAAUGUGUUUACUGUACUUUCGCAGGCUUUCAUGUUGUGAGGGUUUUGAAGGCCAAGUUGUAUUAAUAGGAAGAUAAGAUUUGAGGCAUUGUAUGAAAUACUCAAUUAGGAACCCAAAUCUGCUUGAUCAAGAGUUGCUGCAGAGUACAUGGCAGUUUUUAUUUACUUUGUAAUGGUCUGUAAAGUAUGUCCUGGCAACCUUUCACUGUGAAUUAGUUUUCAUGGCAUGUUAGAAUUUUCUUGGUUUUUAAAUGUCUGGAUAUGUGGAUUGUAAUACUUUCAUCUGAGAAGAUACUUAACUUAUUGUUAUUUAAAAGUUUGGAAGUCCAUGGUGGUGUUAGUGAAGACAUCUUUGUUCUGUAGGAGGCCAGGAGUUAAAACUGUAACCUGAUUUUCUCUGUGUGAAUUCAAAGGACAGCUGAUGAAGACCCUGAUCAGGAUAUGAAGCAGACAAAGCACUGAAGUGUCAGUGACUAUUUAAUAUGCCUUUUUUUUUGUCAUUCUUUUUGUUUUUUGUUUUUUGCUAAUGUGUAUCAGAGAAACUGGUUUGUUUUUAGUGGUAUUGUCAGCAACUUGUAAAAGUAAAAAAAAACAGAUAUUAGGAGACACAGCAAAUGUUACUGUAGGAUGUUUCGAGAUGGAUUCCAUGGUAGUAUUUUGCUAGUCAAAAUAAAGCAUUCCUUAGACAAGAUUGGCUAAUUGAAAAAUGUUUUUAAGUGAUCUCCUGCAGCUGCUUUCUCAUCGUACCGGAAAGAGUUGCCCAGGACUCCCACAAGCUUGUUAAAAUUCAUCCAUGCUUGCUUUUUGCAUUUUAGUCCAGGAGUUGCAGUGUUUUAUCUGUCUUUUCUCUAAAAUGUAGGUAAGGUGGUUAUAUAGUUAAGGAGGAUGGGGAAGGAUUCCUUCUGGCUUGUCAGGAAGGUUGCUGCUUUGAAGCAUAGACUUUUGAUUCUUGGUGAAAUGUUGUCUUCAUAAAUUCAGGGUCUUCAGCAGCCUAUAGAGCAAUUUCCAGUUUAGUGCAUGGUGUCCCACUGUAUAUGAAGAGAUAAAAAUCUUCAGAUUUGUGUGUAAAAUGUUCAGAAAGUGCAUGGUUGCUCUUGUUGGGUAGACAGGAUAUAUAAUUGGUGUUGUCAAGAAUUGAUUAAGGCUGUGUGUGUGCACGUGCAGAACAUUUUAGCGUACUUCAGGACAGAGUACAAGAGUAAUAGUUAAAUCUUGAAGAAUUAUUUGUAUUAUAUUGCCUUUCUCAGCAGUGAUAUUGUAGUAGGACAAACAAACUAUGAAACUGGCAUGGUUUAUCACUUUUUGUUUUGGACAAUGUUCAGUAAAUUCAUAUUGUUGUUUUUCCAUUAGGGAAAAAUGAUAUUUAAAAUAAAAAGUUGUAUACCAAGAGCUUACUAGCUGGCUGGGAGUAGCGUGUGGUUCUAAGAAAACAAAUUCCCCCUUUCAGUGAGUUUUAGCUAAGAUAGUAGUGGGACCAGUGUUUCAGAGCUCUUCUUUUAAAACGUUGUGCGUUGUUUGUUUGCUUUAGUGCUUUAAUGGUGGCUAAAUUGUUCUUGGACCUGCUGAAUAAAUGUUAUUGGUGUAGUGUGGUACCACCUACUGGGCAGUUUGAGCAGUACAUGAGAAGUACCUAGAACCUGCCUGUGAGAGUAUUAAAUCCUGAAAAUAGAACCAAAUCAGAUUUUUUUUUUAAUUAAGAUACUAAAAGCUAAUGAGGUAUUUGUAUUUUUUCAAGUGUAAUUUGAGGAGUAAUAAAAGUUCAACGAGAUAAAGUGCUGGGUCCUGCACUUUAUCUGCAGUAAUUGCAGGCGGUGCUACAGGCUUGUGGAAGAGGGGUUGGAAGACUGUGCAGAAGAAACAGACUUGGGGGGAAGGGGGGGGUAUUGGUUGAUGGUCAGCUGACCAUGAGCCAGCAGUGUGUCCAGGUGGCCAAGAAGGCCAAUGGCAUCCUGGCUUGUAUCAGAAAUAGUGCAGCCAGCAGGAACAGGGAAGUGAUUGUCCCUCUGUACAGAGCACUGGUGAGUCCGCAUCUCAAGUUUUGGGCCCCUCACUACAAGAAAAACAUUGAGGCCCUGGAGUGUGUCCAGAGAAGGGCAAAAGCUAUGAGGGGACUGGAGCACAGGCCUUAUGAGGAGUGGCUGAGGGAGCUGGGAUUUUUUAGUCUGGAGAAGAGGAGAUUCAGGGGUAACCUUGUUGCUCUCUGCGACUGCCUGAAGGGAUGUUGUGGCAAGGUGGGAGUCAGCCUCUUCUCCCAUGUAACCAGCAGUAGGACUAGAGGGAAAGGCCUCAAGUUGUGCCAGUGGAGAUUCAAGGUGGACGUUGGGAAAUGCUUUUCUGAGAGAGCUGUCAGGCAUUGGAAUGGGAGGUGGUGGAGUCACCAUCCCUGGAGGUAUUCGAGUAAUGUUUAGAUGUUGUACUGAGGGAUGUGGUUUGUUUAGUGGAAAAUACUACUAGUGCUAGGUGGACAGCUGGACUGAAUGAUCUUAGAGGUGUUUUCCAGCCUUGGUGAUUCUAUGAAAAAUGGCCUUCUCUGUUGCAUUUAGAUAUGGUGGUCUCACUUUCAAAGUUGUAUUUUUCUAUGGUGCUUUAGGGAAAUGUGUAUUACUGUGGUUAUUACCUUCUCUAGUUUUAUCACUGCAUUAUUAAAACAUCUUGUGAGAUAGAAACAAAUUGACUGAUGUAGAACAUUUGGAAAAUUUCAAAUGAGGAUAAAGCACUGUGAAGCUAAAUAGUACAACAUUCUCAUCCCUUACACACAAGACUUGAUUUUAAUUACCUGGCCAAAUACUAGUUUUUUGUCUGAGACAUUGUUCCCUGACUGCCUUACUGAGUGGGAUAUGCUUUUCUGAAGCGGCAGUAGAACUAUGUGUGGAGGAAGUCAUGUGUUAAGGUUCUUGUUUUGUAAGGAGUUAAAGGCAUGAUGAAAGAAUAAGGUAGCUCCAAGGGGAAAAAUGGUAGUUUCAUGGUAAGGGCAUAUAGGUGAUAGCCAUUGCAGUGGGCUCUUGCAUUUUCUACCAUGUGGUUCCUCUAUAGUGUUGGUCACUUAGAGAAUCAAUAACAAGCAAUUACUAAAUGUCUUAAACCUUUCUGUGUGUAAGUUCCACAAUGUGGGGUAUAAUAGCCUUAACAGAAAAACUUCAUUUGGCAGCCUUCUGACAUGCAUUAGGACCAAGAUGAAAGCUACGUGGUCAUCACUAGUGUCUUAAGGCCAGCUCUAGGCAAUUUGCAGGCACAGUGAAAGUGAGCUUCAUGAACCUUGUCAAGGAUGGGGAGAUGACAAGAUGUGAGGGACUCUUGUGUUUCCACUCUAGACCAUAGAGAGGAAGGUUAAGUGCUGUUCAGAAAACAAAAGCCUUUUUGACCUUCUGGUCCGACAUAGGCCUGAUUUCCUUCCUUUCUUCCCCUUUCUUUCCAACUGCAAGUCUGCAUAAUCUCUUUGCAACUUCGGAGAUGUGCUACUCUGGUUGCUUCUUCUCCCACAGUGCUACAGGAAGAUGCUGUGGAUUGAGUCCUGUUACUCACAGGCUGUAUGAGGCGAUGGAACAUUUUCCUUACUUCAGGGAAGGAUAUAGUGUGUGAAUCCUCUGUACAGCACUUGGAGCUGCAAGAGUGUUGUAGGUCUCAAUGUUUGCUUUUACAGUCUGAUUUAGUAAACAUGUGAGAUGAAGUAAGAAUCAGACUUCUGUGGCUUUACUAACCUUCUGGUGAAAUUUUCACAGAAACAACAAAAGUUUGUAUUCCUAGAAAUUAACCUCUCAAAUUUAUCAGUAGUGAGUACACUGAGACAUGGGAGUACUAAAAUAAGAAAUGUUUGGCAUAAUAAUUUUUGUUUUCAAAUGGCAUAUAUUUUCCUAUCUUUAGUCCUGGAAGCAAGCAAACAAACUGGAUUGAAUGUAUUCUGUUAAGGUCAGAGGAUGUCUUGUGGUGUGUAGAUUACAGAUGAGGUGGUUACUAUCAAGAAAACUUAGUAAAAAACAAGCCAACUGAAAGAACAUCUUAUACUGGAAAUCAUCAGAUGCAUAUUAGAAGACGUAUUACUUAUGAUCUUGAGAACAUGAGUGAAAUGCGUUGCACAGAUUGGAGCCAUAAAGACAGCACAACUGUAUUUUCUUUUUCAAUUGCAUACUGAAGUUAGAAUUUUCAAAAGGUAGUUAUGGAAAGUAGAGGCCUUGAGCUUUGUCUGGUGCCCUUGAAAUUCUGCGCUACUAGCGUAGUUCUGUCAGCCUUCAAGAAGGGUGAACCUCCUCAGUACUCCAUGUAAAUGCUUCUAGUAGGGCUUAAGUAGCUUGCAUUUCCAUUUUAGAGAUGAAAUCACUGACAGGCUAAUUUUCUGUUUAUGUUGAAUGCUUGAAGAAUUCAGUGAUCCUCUUUUUUUUUUUUUUGAAUGUUUCACAAUGAUUGGUGGAUGAUAUUUUCAGAGAUUUCCAAAAAUUAAAUGACUCAUCCAAAGUACUGCUAGUUUACGUUGCUUGAGACAGGAACAUGUUCCAGUAUGCCUGUACGGGGAACCUUUGAUUGUAUGUUCUUUAAAAGCAAAAAUAAAAAUAAAUCAAACCAACCAAAUAAACCACUUCUAAGUUCUCUUUCAGGCUUCACCUAAUGAUGCAUAGAUUUUGCCGUGAUGAGGUUUUGAGAAGUCUUAGUGAUGACCUCAGAUCCUUCUCAAAGACAGUUUGUUGGUGACAUGCAGAAAUGUUCCAUCUGGCAACAUACUUUCUGAACUUUUCCACCUUAGAAGGGAAUUCGACUGUAAUCUGUUGUACUGUGUGGGGAUUCCCUUCAUAUUGCUACUUUGCAAAUAGUGUCUGUUGAAAUAGACUACGUUUUAGCUCCCCUUUGAAGGGAUGAUUUAUAUACUCUGUAUUAAGCAACCAUUACCUUUUCCUCAUUAAAAUCUUAUCCAUCCCGAGCAAGUUUAGUGUUCCGAAGGGAGGGUAUGCUGAAGACCAGUUUUCUGAGUUUUUUGUCAUAUUUGCUUUCAGAUGAGAUGUCUUGAGGUUCUGGUAUCUAAACUAGGUUUUAAGUGUUGUGAAGCUGGCUUUUAAAUGCUCUGGUCAAAUGCAGUUUUUUUCAUUUUUUUGAGGAAAAUCUCAAAGUUCUGUUCUUGCUCUGUCAGGUGGUGAGUGGAGUUCAGCUUCUGUGCUUACCUAUGUGAAAUACUGAAACAUGUAAUGCCACUGUUGCUUCACUUGUCAGUAUUACAAAGGUUUUUAAGGUUGUCACAUUUAGAUUAUAAAGUCAGUGAUAUUUCUGAGGUCCCUUGGUUGGUCUGAACAGUGCUGCAUGUUCUGUAUGGGCAGUUUCUCAGGUUGGUUUUGUCUGGAACAGUUAAUUGGGCAAUCAGAAUAAUAUUGAAUGCUGAUAGUAUCUGGGGAUGCCAAAUAGAAGAGAGAGUGUAGCCCUUCGCUGUGUUACAAAUGAGUGUCUGUCCAAGGCAGUAAGUAAUGCUAGUUUUCAGUGUUCAGGAAAUCAUAUUUGAAGUUACACCCUAGCUUUGCUUGUGAUUGUAAAACAAGCUAAUCCCAACAUGUGUGAGAUGCCAGAUUUCUUUAGCAUUAUUCUGUUACAGAAUAAGGCCUUGUUAAAUGUAGGGUAGGCUGCUUUGGUUUCCACUGGUUCCUAGCAAUAUCAAUAUUUUGUCCUAAGAACAAAUGAUUUUUUGACCAUAAGGAUCAAAGUAGGAAUGGUGUUUGUUUUAGAAUAUAUUGCUAUUCAGUAUAUAAUAGACAAAAUGGUUUUGUGACAGUAUCAUCCCUGAGGUAAUUGGCUCUGAUUAGAUGAAGAUGUGAAACGAUUUGGCAUAAAAUCAAGAAUUUGUAUUGAAGGAGAAAAACAGUACUAGUGAAAUUUUUGCAUGUUUCCAGAUUCUUUUUCACUCAAAAUGUGUAGUUGCAGCUGUUGACGUUGCAAUGGAAUGCUGUUGAAGAAGCGAUCAGAAUUAAAGGCAGAAUGAAACAAGCCUCUUUAGGUUUUAGCACAAUGCUACCCCCUUGUGGAACAGUGGGGUUUUUUUUUUUUUCAAAUCUUCAUUUGCGAGCAGGAAGUUCUUAGUUUACAAUAUGUGAUAGAUAUUAUGGAGUAUGAAGACAUGUGUUCCACCAACAGUGCAGAAGACUUGAGGAAGUCAAGAUGAUUAUCUACGGUGUCAGCUGUGAUGCAUGUUUAAAAGGAAAUUUUCGAGGUCGACGAUUCAAGUGUUUAAUUUGCUACGAUUACGAUCUGUGUGCAACUUGUUAUGAAAGUGGUGCAACAACAACAAGGCAUACAACUGACCACCCGAUGCAGUGCAUACUAACGAGAGUAGAUUUUGAUUUGUACUAUGGUGGAGAAGCUUUCUCUGUAGAGCAGCCACAGUCUUUCACUUGUCCUUAUUGUGGAAAAAUGGGUCAUACGGAAACAACUCUUCAAGAACAUGUUACUUCUGAGCAUGCGGAAACAUCAACAGAAGUGAUUUGUCCAAUAUGUGCAGCAUUACCUGGAGGGGAUCCUAAUCACGUCACAGAUGACUUUGCAGCUCAUCUUACACUGGAACACAGAGCUCCUAGAGAUUUAUAUGAUGAAUCCAGUGGUGUUCGGCAUGUACGUCGAAUGUUUCACCCAGGUCGGGGAUUGGGGGGCCCUCGUGCACGUAGAUCAAACAUGCACUUUACUAGCAGUUCCCCUGGAGGGCUUUCAUCUUCUCAGAGUUCAUAUUCUCCAAGCAAUAGAGAAGCCAUGGAUCCUAUAGCUGAGCUUUUAUCUCAGUUAUCAGGCGUGAGGCGUUCUGCAGGAGGACAGAUCAAUUCCUCUAGCCCUUCUGCUUCUCAGUUACAGCAGCUGCAGAUGCAACUGCAGUUGGAACGACAACAUGCACAAGCAGCGAGACAACAACUGGAGACUGCACGCAAUGCAACUAGACGCACCAACACGAUCAAUGUCAACACCACUAUUACACAAUCUGCAACAACAACCAACACAUCUAACACAGAGAACAGUCAGCAGACUAUCCAGAAUUCCCAGUUUCUUCUUACAAGGUUGAACGAUCCGAAGAUGUCGGAAGCAGAGCGUCAGUCAAUGGAAAGCGAACGGGCGGACCGCAGCCUGUUUGUUCAAGAGCUUCUACUGUCCACUUUGAUGCAGGAAGAAAGUUCCUCCUCGGAUGAGGAUGAGAGGGGGGAAAUUGCCGAUUUUGGUGCUAUGGGCUGUGUAGAUAUUAUGCCUCUAGAUGUUGCUUUAGAAAACCUAAAUUUAAAAGAGAGUAAUAAAGGAAACGAGCCUCCUCCACCUCCUCUUUGAUGACAUCCCACUUUGCAGACAAUGUCCUCUGUGCUGUAUUUGCCAAUGAAAGUGGACAACAACUAUCUUGGGUUUGUUUUGGUGAUUGUAAUUUCAGGUCUGUCACUCUUGUUACGUUGUGUACAUUAAAAAGAAAGAGAGAAAAGAUAUAUAUGAUAAUCAUUUCCACUUAACUAAUUUUUACUUCUAGCAGGUAAAUGUAGGUUGCGGUGCAGAGCAAAAGGCUCUGUGUCCUGUACCUUGACAUGCAAAAGGCUCUCCUAAUACUCCACAUUCAAACUGAAGAGGAAAAAAUGAAAAAUCUCUAAUGAAGCUGCUGUGUGUAUUUAUGAAUAUUAAUGAAUAAAAAAUGCUUGGAUGGUUUACCUUAACUACUGCAUGACGUUUUUUGCAGCGUGCAUGAGUUUUAGUGACCUUGUCAUUUAAAAACUUAAAUACAAGGAAGUAAAACUAUAAAACCCAAAGCUUUCCCAUUAUUCAGAGGUUACCUAACAAAAAGGUUAGUGCGGUUUGUAGCCGCAAAGUAGCUUUGGAAUAAUAUGUGACAGAAUGACAUCUUACGUGCUGUUCCUGCACAGGAUGGAAACUGCAGUGGGUUGUACUGUCGUGACCAGGGUGUGGCAUUUUGCUGUAUGUGAUCACUAUGUUGCCCUGUCGGCCGUCGCGUCCGUGUGGAGUUGAACUGCAUUUUAUGCAUCCGUAGGAGACACAGCAAUGAGGCCACUGCUGGAAGCUACUGCAGAGGGCUUUUGUGUGCCCUGAAAUCAAAUGAUGUUCACUUUUGUUUAAAGUUUGUUUUUCGUGGUUGUUAAUUUUUUUUUUAUUGUUAAACAUGUUUUAUUCAGGUGUAGAUGAUUCAUAUAUUCACUGUGUUUUAAAAAAGAAAAAAAAAGAAAAGUUAACCUGGAUCAUGUUGUCUUAGUUUAAAAAGCCUUUCACAGCCUCGAUCAUAUUUGAGUUAUUUAUGUAUUUGCUUCAUAGUUUGCAGAGACCUGGUAGUAUCAGGAGAGCUUGAGGAUUUGGAUCCCCAGAUUGUCCGUAUAUUGCAAACAAGUUAUUAAUGCUAACUUUAGCACCUUCUAUUUAUUGUUUCUUUCGGUUACUUUUGCUGAUGUAAACAAACAAACAAAAGUUUUAAAAGCCUUUUAGUGGAAUUGUGCCACCUCUCUGCCUAUACUGCUAGCCUUCCUGGUCUGAACAAAAAGUGCAGUGUUCUGUGCAUCCGUGUCCAUAAUAGCCCCAAGGCAGGGACAGAAAGAGUGUGUUUUGGUUUUGGCUUUCUUUCCUUCUUUUUGUUUUGUUUUGUUUUUCUAAAUGUGAAGUUAGAUUAUGAAAACAGAAGUGCACACAGCUUCAGGUAUUAAGAAAAAACAACGACGAAGAAACCCUAGGCUUAUCUCAUAAUGGUGUCUUUCCAGCCUUUCUCACCUCCCCCCUCUCUCUUUCUCUGUCCACCCAUCUCUGCAGCACUGUUAGCAUUAGAGUAAACUUACAGACGUGAACACCAGGUGGUGUUCUCAGCAGAACUGUGACGUGUACGCUAAUCCAAGAUAACCGCAGCAAAAGCAGCAGCCCCGUAGACUGACUUUAAGUUCAUCUUGUUUGGUUUUUUUUUUUAUAAAUCCUCAAAUCCUGAUCGUUUCCCCCUAGAGCGGCACUGGCUUUGUUUUCUUUUAGUCUCUGCAACAGAAAAUGUUUCAAGGGAAACUUUACCUAAGGCCUCUGGUUAUCCCUAAGGUUAUCCCAGCUAGGGAAUUAUUAUUAUUUUUUUUUUGAUUGAUUGUUGAGGAUUUUCAAAAGAUUUUCAAGCUGUAGUCUUUACAACCACAUCUUCUGCACAUUACAGUAAGACACACGGUUCAAUAAAGCAUUUUCAAGACUGUU